GCCUAUGAGGCAGGCCCAUAUGUGUGUGUAAGGCUGCCGCUGUAUGGGAGGCCGUUUUCAUUGCAUUUCUGCUUACUGUACUGGAGUGCCGGGACUGCCAGUGGACAAGGCUUUUGCACAAGGUGAAUACAGGAGACAGGUCCAGGCAAGGCAAAGGUCACAUUAAUUGAACAAGACAUUGUGCCUUCUAUGCCCAAACACUCCACGAUAAUAAAAUCAGCAGGGGCACUCUCAAAUCGGAAAGCGUUGCUCUUUCAAUGGGUCUGUGUAACUCUUCAGCUACCAACUAAAAAUGUUCAUUGAAGAAUGAUGGAAGCUCCCGAAUAUCUCGACUUGGAUGAAAUUGAUUUUAGCGAUGACAUAUCUUAUUCUAUAACAUCCCUGAAAACAAUUCCAGAGCUGUGCAGAAGAUGUGAUCCCCAGAACGAUGACAGAUCAGUUUCCAGCACAAAUUGGAGCUGUGGAGUGUCAACUCUUAUUGGAAACACACAGAAGCCAACAGGAAUUGCAGAUGUCUAUAGUAAAUUCAGACCAGUGAAAAGAGUUUCCCCACUAAAACAUCAGCCAGAGAGCCCUCAGAUCAAUGAAAGUGAUGACCAAAAAGAAGAAAAAGAGGAAAACCAAAAGAAUGGUGAUCCAGAUAAGUCCAGCACCACAGAGAACAUUCCUGCUGAUGAUGGGGGCUAUAAAACUAAGAGUAUUGAAGCAAGUGUUUUGCUUGGUGAAAUUGAACAUUAUGACUUGGACAUGGAUGAGAUUUUGGACGUGCCUUACAUCAAAUCCAGCCAACAGCUCAGUCUAUUUACUAAGGUUGCAGCUGAGAAAAGGACUUCAAAUAUAUACCCAUUGGUCAAAGGAAAAACUGGGACUAUUGGAAACGUAGAAAAUUUAUCAUCAAACGGUGCACAAUUUUGUGUGCUAUCCCCUGUUAAAAACCCUGCCCAGCCCUCUGUCCUUGAUCAGAACAGGCAUUCAUCUGGGGGAUUAGAGCUUUCUCAGUCUGGUAUUCAAAGUGGCUCAGUCCAUGAACCUGAAUACCAGAACAAGGGCUUUCUUAACAGGACUUUGUCGGAUUCCCAUGCACAGAAACUUGAAAAGAAUAUGCCAAACUGCCAGCUCAGGGCUUUCCAUCUGCAGGGAGCAGCUACCGACACACAACUGGAUGGAAUAAAUGGUAAUCUCAACUGGAACUUUUCUGAGGAAAGAAGUGAAGAUAUGAAGAAAAUAAAAAGCAUAAUAAACAUUGUUAAAGAAGGCCAAAUAUCUUUGCUGCCGCACAUUGCCGUUGAUAAUUUGGAUCAGAUCCAUGAUGAAAAUGGAAACAACCUUUUGCAUAUUGCCGCAUCCCAGGGCCAUGCCGAAUGCUUGCAGCACCUUACUUCUCUCAUGGGCGAAGACUGCUUGAGUGAAAGGAAUGAUGAGAAACUUACUCCUGCUGGCUUAGCAAUAAAGAGAGGUCAGCUGGAGUGUGUCCGUUGGAUGGUGAGUGAAACAGAAGCCAUUGCAGAGUUAAGCUGCUCUAAAGAUCACCCAAGCCUUAUCCAUUAUGCCGCUGGCUAUGGACAGGAAAAAAUACUUCUUUGGCUUCUACAGUUCAUGCAAGAACAAGGGAUUUCCUUGGAUGAAAUUGACAAGUGUGGAAACAGCGCUGUGCACAUUGCAUCCCAGCAUGGGUAUCUUGGCUGCAUACAGACAUUAGUCGAGUAUGGAGCAAAUGUGACUAUGCAGAACCAUGCCGGGGAAAAGCCUUCACAGAGUGCCGAACGCCAGGGCCACACAAUGUGCUCCAGAUACUUGGUUGUCGUCGAGACGUGCAUGUCCUUGGCUUCUCAAGUUGUGAAACUCACUAAACAGUUAAAAGAGCAGACGGCUGAGCGUAUCAAUUUACAGACUCACCUUCAGCAGCUACUGGAAGCGCACAGAACUGAGGGGAGAUCCCUCCCCACAUCCCCCAGCUCACCAUCAUCCCCUGCAUCUGGCAGUAACCAGUGGAAGACAAUUGAUGCAGAAGAUUUGAAUCAAAAAGGCAAACUUAAUGGCUAUAGUGAAAAUUACCAGUCCCUGAAUACAUCUAUUCCAAGCCGACUACGCUGCCGGGCACUAGACGACGAAUCUGAUAAAAUCCUGCGGCAGUUACUGGGCAAGGACAUUGCUGAGAAUGUUUCCAGUCCAGAAAAGCUUUCACUGGAAUUCCAAGAUGGCCAAGCCACCCGAAGUGGGAAGAGAAUUCCCCCAGAAAAGAGAGAAUACAAACUUGCUCGCUUACGGCAACUUAUGCAACGAUCUCUCAGCGAGUCUGACACAGACUCUAAUAAUUCAGAGGAUCAGAAGAAUCCUGUAGUCAGAAAAGCAGAUAAGCCAAGGCCACAGCCCAUAGUAGAAAAUGUAGAAAACUCUGAAAAUCUACAGUUAAUUAUAAAAAAGCAUACUCAGGCAAGUAGUGCAAGUAGGAGGUUUCCUUUUGGAUUAAAGUCUUCCAAAUCUGUGGAUGGUCAUAGUCCAUCCCCGACGUCUGAAAGCAGUGACCCUGACUAUGAGCCACACUACCAGAUGUCAAGCAUACCUCAGUGUUCAGGAGCAGCGGAAUCCAAUUCUUCCCCAAACAGCAGUUCUGCUCAAAAGACUACUAGUCCAAAAAGUGCCCUAAAAUCACCAUCUUCCAAACGAAGGACUUCACAAAACUUGAAACUUCGAGUAACAUUUGAGGAGCCUGUAGUGCAGGUUGAACAUAUUGAGGAUGUUCCAAAUGAAGAAAAAGAGAAAGAAACAAGCAAAGCUCCACAAAAGGCCCCAUCUAAUGGUGAAACUGGAGAACAGCAAAAAAGGCCCUUUGGAGCUUUAAGAUCCAUUAUGGAAAGUUUUAGUGGAAAUCAGAACAAUAACAAUAAUUGCCAGGCUGCAAACACAGCCAAAGCAUCGUCCUCCUUUACCUCAUUAGGGAAAAAGGCAACAGAGGCAAAGGCCAAUCCCGCAGGCCCCGCAAAGGGAAAAAACAAAACAGAAUCAUACACCUGCUGUGGCAGUAUUUCCUCUACUAGGGCUCUGCUUGAGGAUCUUCUUCCUAAUACUCCUGCAUGGCCUAACGUGGUAGACAGAACAGUGAAGAUUUUGCUUGAAGAUAUUAAUGGAAAAGAAGAAGAGAUGAAAGAAUUCUUCCUCUAAUGGUCACUCACAACAAGAAAUGCCAAGCUUGUGCCCCAAGAGCUUACCAGCAACCAAUGCCUUACAUUUCUACUGCCUUUAUUUUUGCAAUUCGAUGAAGAGAAGAGUUGGCUUCCUGUGGGCACUUUUUCUUAUGAUAUACUAAACUUUCCUAAGGACUGCAACCCUUUUUUCUAUACUGUAAUAGCUGCAUGAACUAGAUUGAUUGCCUGAGAGACAUUUAGACCAUUAGAUGCAUUCUCUUGUAUAUUGAUUUUUUUUACCAGUUUGUUUUGUAUUUAUUACUGACAACAAAGUUGGAUCUUUUGCCGUGGCACCAUAAAAACCCACCUAAUAAAAAAAGAAAAUAAUCAAAGUUGCUUUCUUGCUUAUGGCCAACAGCCAAGCUUAAAAAAAAUGUGGAGGCUAGCCACAUUUAUUUGUGAGUUAUCUAGUGGUGGUAAGCAAUGACAGGUGGUUUAUUUAAGUCUAUGGGAAGCUUCUUUGGGCUGCUGAAAAGAAGGGACGCUUACAGAGACCUAAGUAACUCUAUGUACCAUCACCAUUAAUAACUGCCAUUAUCCAGUAACCAUGAUUCCAUGUGACUUGCUGAGGCAGGUAUUAAAAUUAUUAGUGUAAAUGGUUGCAUUAUAGUAAUUGUAUAAAUUGCUCGAAAAAGCCACUUGGAUGAAGGAUAAAUGUUUGUCGAGGGAUGAAAGGAUGAGGAAUGAAAAAGUAAUUGGCUAGUCCAGAUGACUUAGAAUUACCACUAUUAGAUACAUAAUGACCUGGAUGAAAAAACCUUCAUAGACAUGUUUGUCAAGCAUUUUAAAUGUAAAUGUACAAAAUUUGUUUGUGAUCUGAGGUUAGGGUUGCCACCUUCAAAAAUUCCUUUUACCAGCUGGCUGGGGGCAGUGACUAAAGGGGGCAGGCAAUGAUGUAAAUGGGACGUGACAAGAGGGCAAGUGACACAAAGGGGCAGGGCUAUGAUGCGAUGGACAGCUAGAGGGUGGAUUUGGGGGGAGAUCUGUAAAGAGAAAAGUUAAGAUUGGGGCAGGUCAAGGGCUUAGGUGGGCAGGCCAGGUGCUAAAUUUAAGGAUAUUACAAAUUUACUGGCAAACUACAUUGCUGGUAAAUUUGCUGGUAAAUUUGUAAUACUGGCCCCUGCCUUGGUGGGUGUUUGAGGUGUGCUUUGUCAAAUCUGCAAACCACCUACUACAGUCACUCAUUCCAGUUGACCCAUUUGUCCAACCAUUAUUUUGUGUCAUGUGGUUAACCGAAUCAUUAGGGGUAAGACACAUCAUAACCUACUUGUUUUGAUAAGGUUAUUGGAUAAAGUCUAUUUUAGUGCUUCAGAUGAUUUCAAUUACUGAUUAUUAUUACUGAUAAUGACAUUUUAUUUGGAUAAGAAAACUAUUUUAUCAUUUUAACAUAAUCUGACCCAAAAAUAUGAUAUAUACAAUAACUUUGGCAACAUGCAGCUCACUAUAGCCAUUACAGAAAGUGUUAAAAGAAGUCAAAAGUUAUAUGUAUAUAUGUUCAUCAAUAUUUUGAUAAAUAAAUGUUACUACUGAAUGGA